UACAGUACUCUCAGCUGGAAAAUCCCGUCGCAAUCAUCUCAGCACUGUCACGCUGAAUGUGUAUAGAGAGGAGUUUAUCAUAGACGUUUAUUUCCACCAUGCAGUGAAACUAUGUUUAGUUAACAGUUAAUCUAAUCCAUUUACUAUUUACUAUAGACUGUAGGCCUCCUGGCAGCCCUGAACUCAGCACACCAACAAACUGUGACAACCAGCCAUCAUGUCACGAGACUUGGUCGGGUUCCUGCGAGGGGUGGAAAAGAUCGGUCAGGCAAUGUCUGCUACUCAGCGGUCCAAGUGGCAACAAGUGUGGUACAAUUCCACCUUCAAAUCUGCAGCUGGUCAAAUGGUCAAUAAAGUGGAGGACCAAGUAAGUGAGGUCAUCACCAGGCCAGGGUGACAUCAAGAAUUCAAUGCGGGACAAGGUAGGACUUAUGGCGAGUCAGGUGUCAAUUUUGGUGGACACUGUCCGAAGUCAGAGCCAGAUUCCACCGUCAGAACAACCUGUACCCUUUUGACCCAGAGGUUCUUGUUGAAAACGAGACCAUUGGAUUUGAUGAGAGUGUUACAUCCCAGCUAGAAGAAGAGAUGGCUAGUCAUGGUCUGAAGCUUGGAGAUACCACUGUGAAUGAACAAUCUGCUGCCAUGGAAACUGACACAUCUCCAAUUCAAAACCUUGAGCAUAAUUUUGUUGACACACCAUCUAGACCAGUUCAGAAAAUUAUUGAAGACAUUGUUACUUCAAAAACAGAUAAAAGCUCCCACAUAGACUCAACUCAAAAUAUAAUGAGUAGUACUACAGCGAGCUUUGACACAAGUUCGACUAAACAAAACGUGACUCCACCUCCAUCUACAUCAACUCUGGAGCAACCCAUUAGCAAGCCUACACCCAUCCAGAAAACAUCCACUCCAAAGAAACCUGUGACCAAGGCACCUGAACAAAAGCUGCGACCCUCAGCCAGAGAGAGAAAAGUUCCAGCUAACAUGGUCAGCAGAUUGUCCAGCUAUGGAGGGCUGGCAGUGGGACUAUUGGCUGGUACAAUAGGAGAAGUGGGCAAGAGGAAACUGGGUCUGUCCAAACCUGAUGAUUCCAACACUACUGGUAUUUUCAUCAAUGAAGCCAAUGCUGAGAGGGUUGUCAAUACACUGUGUAGGGCGAGGGGAGCUGCUCUCAAACUCGGACAGAUGAUCAGUGUACAAGAUUCUGCUGUUGUUCCUCCGGAGAUACAGAAGAUAUUUGACCGCGUCAGACAAGGGGCGGACAUUAUGCCCACAGCACAGAUGAUGAAAGCAGUCACUAAGAGCUUUGGUCAAGACUGGCAAGAUCUAGUUGACCUUGAGGAGAAGCCAUUUGCGUCUGCUUCCAUAGGACAGGUACACCGUGGUGUGAUGAAGGACAACAGGAAGGUGGCCAUGAAAGUUCAGUUCCCAGGAGUUGCCCAGUGUAUAGACAGUGAUAUCCGUUCCCUAAUGGGCGUUCUGAACAUGUUCAACAUCAUACCCAAAGGUGUAUAUAUAGACAGUGUGAUUGAAGUUGCAAGGACCGAGUUGAAAUGGGAGGUGGAUUAUCUCAGGGAGGCGAGGUGUGCUCGCAGAUUUAGAGAGCUGGUGAGGAACGAGCCACAGUUUCUUGUCCCUGCAGUUAUUGAUGAAUUAAGUACAGGGGAGGUAAUAACAACAGAAUAUAUGGAAGGGAUUCCACUGGACCAGUGUGAAGACCUGUCACAGGAAAUCCGGGACAAGAUUGGUUCAGAUAUAUUAAAGCUUUGUCUGAAGGAACUGUACGUCUAUCGGUUCAUGCAGACGGAUCCAAAUUGGUCCAACUUUAUGUAUCAGCCGGAUACUGGCAAGAUUGUGCUGCUGGACUUCGGUGCGACUCGUGAGUUUGAUAAAAAAUUUGUUGACGGUUACAUCAAGAUAAUUCGAUCUGCUGCGGACCAGGAUCUGAAGGGUAUUCUCAAACACUCAUUGGACGUCGGCUUCCUGACAGGCCACGAAAGUAAAAGCAUGGAAGAGGCCCACGUCAAUGCUGUUCGCAUUCUGGGAGAAGCAUUGUCUUCCUAUGAACCAUUUGACUUUGGAGCUCAGAAUAUGACAAAGAGAAUAACGGAGAUUAUUCCAGUAAUGGCUGACCAGAGACUUUGUCCUCCGCCGACAGAGACCUAUUCAUUACACCGGAAAAUGUCGGGAGCUUUCCUCUUAUGUGUUAAACUCGGCAGUAAGGUGCAGUGUAAAGACCUCUUUGAAGAAAUUUGGACAAAUUAUCAGUUCGGAGAUUUGGAAACAGAAGUGUGAUAUGGUUAAGAAAGUCCAGUGUAACAAUCAUUAAAAUGAGUUUUGUAUGUGUCGUA